AAAGCCGUUACUAAGCAACAAAACAGCCAAACAAACCGUCAGGCCGCAUACGCUUAGAAAGUACAUUAACAAUAUUAAACUAGCUUCUUUUAAAGUGUUAAUCAAAUCGACGGAUUGUUGCAGGGGGUUUUAUUCGUCAUCUUUCUCAAAUAUUUUUCGUUUUUUAAGUAGGUGAUUUAGUUUUAAAUGGCUGUUAAAAAGAAGGAAGCAGCUUUACAGGUAUCUAUCUCAAAUCAAACACAAUGGGAGAAAAUGCUGUCCACCACAGGAUUGACAGUUGUGGAUGUUUACCAAAAGUGGUGUGGUCCCUGUAAAGCUAUUGUCAGACACCUGAGAAAAGUAAAAAACGAGCUGGGUGAUGUUCUACUGCAUUUUGCCACCGCUGAGGCAGACAGCAUUGAAGAUUUGAAAAUGUAUCGUGGGAAAUGCACUCCCACCUUCCUGUUUUAUGCAGAUGGGAUGCUGGUGGGUGUGCUGCAAGGAGCUAAUCCUCCUCUGCUUCAGAAAACGAUUGUGAAGCAGCUGGCAAAGGAGAAGCAAAGCCCGAAAGAAGGUGAACAACACAAACCGAUUAAACCUUUUUGUUUGAUGGAUGAUGAGGACAAAGAUGGGAAGUCGGCAAUGACUGUUCCCACCGGUAAAUCUUACACAGUUGCCAUCAUUAAACCAGACGCCGUUUCACACAGAAAGACAAAUGAGAUCAUUAUGAAGAUCCAAGAGUCGGGCUUUGAGAUCCUCGCACACAAGAAGCACACACUGACUGACGCUGAGGCUCGGAGGUUUUACCAACACAAAGCUGAAGAGCCUUGUUUUCAGGACCUGGUUCAAUUCAUGUCCAGCGGGCAUUGCCACGUCCUGGUGCUAUCGCACACCGACGGCUCAGUCAAUGUUUUAUCGGCGUGGCUCGAGUUCAUGGGCCCAACAGACGUAAACGAAGCCAGAAAAGUGAAGCCAGAAAGCUUGCGGGCACAGUACGGCACAGAGACACUGCACAACGCGGUUCAUGGCAGUGAGGACAGCAACCGCGCCAGCAGGGAGCUCGCCUUCUUCUUUCCCAACUUUAGGGUGGAGCAGGAUGGGGAGGAAGAGCGUGUGGAGAGGACACUGGCUCUCAUCCGGCCCGGCCUUGCCAGGGAGAACAGAGAUGAGAUUUUGGCUCAGAUUCACAAAUCCGGCUUGACGGUCUCCCUUCAAAGAGAGGUAACGCUGACCGAGGAGCAGGUCAGACUUCUGUACUUCCAAUAUGUUAAUGAGGACUAUUUUCCUGCUCUGCUGCAAAGCAUGAACAGUGGUCCGGUAUCAGCUAUGGUUCUCACUGGAAAAGAGGCUGUCCAUCACUGGAAGAACAUCAUUGGUCCCUCUGACCUUGAUAAAGCCAAAGCGGAGAAUCCUGAGUGUCUCAGGGCCCGGUUUGCUGUGGAGAACGAGCCCAUCAACCAGAUUCACGGCAGUGAAAACCAGGAAGCAGCAGAGCGAGAGAUCAGCUUCUUCUUUCCCAAGCAGAACACUCUGGCAGUCAUCAAGCACGACGCAAUGGAGCAACACCGAGAGACCAUUUUGGAGGAGAUCCGUGGCAGAGGUUUCUGUGUAACGCAGCAGAAGGAGAUGGUACCAUCCAGAGAGCUGGCUGAGGAGCUUUACAAAGAGCACAAGGAGAAGCCUUUCUUCAACCAGCUGGUGGACUCUAUGUGUCAAGGACCCUGUUUGAUGCUUGUUCUGACCAAAGAAAACGCAGUGGAGGAGUGGAGGGUCAUGAUGGGCCCCUCUGACCCAGCAAAGGCUAAAGAGACGUCCCCGGAGUCCCUCAGGGCUCGUUUCGGUUCUGAUAUUCUCCAGAACUCGGUUCAUGGCUCGUCCAACACGCAGCACGCAGAGGAGGAGAUCCACCUCAUCUUCUGUGACAUCAGCACCGAACCAGAGCUCAGCAACACUGAGACCAACUAAACCACUGUAGGUCAACCUAC